AUGGAGGUUGUGAUGGAUUUUUCCAAGGCUUUGGACAACAAGGACCUGUUACGAGCAGCGUAUGACCUGGAUAAGGAGAUGGCGGAUGUUUGUCUGGAGGCAGGGAUCAGUGUGAACUACAGGGACCACACUGGGAGUACGGCCCUCCACUAUCUAGCUGAGGGGGCAGCAGUCAAGUCAGGCGAUCCCCUUGUAGUGACCAGACAGGGUACUGCACUGCUGGACUCUCUUCUGUCCUAUAGGCCUGACCUCAACAUUCCUGACCACCAGGGCAUCACCUGUCUACACAUCGCGUCUGCCAACAACCUGUUCUGGCUUGUUCACCAGCUUCUGCAGCAGGGGGCUGACCCAACCAUCAAGGAUGGGCUGACAGGAGAGACACCUGUGGAGAUGUUCUACCACAGUAUCCUCCAAGGAAGGAAGGUAAGCAUGCCCGUAGGCAGCAAAACUGAAAUAGGUUGUCAUACCAUGGAGUACCCAGACAGUUCCGACCUGCAUUCUGCGACCACCAUGUGCAGCCCUGCUUUAGUUCUGAACAGUCCAUCACCCAUCAUCACGUCACUACAUUAUGCACAUGUGUUCAGAAGGAUUGCUGAGAGGUGCGAUGGGAAGGUGAAAAUGAAAUACUCCAGUAUUUCCCGAAGUUGUGAGCAGGUGUCUCAGGACAUCUUGCAGAGCUGCGGCAGUUUCAUGGAAGUCCGUCACGUGAUCCAGGCCAACAAGAUCGCGCUCCUGAGGUGCGCCGUGUCCGAUCGACACUCGCACUUCCUCCUCUCAUCCUUCCUCCAGCGACACGUGGAGGAGCUGUGGUACGGCGAAGCCUUCCGCAACGCGGGAACCUUCAGUCACUGGUUCAUACCCGUCGUCUUCCUGUUGUCUCCUCUGCUGCUGCCCUUUGUCGCGAUUAUUUACGCCGCGGUCUACAUCCUCUUCCGCUGGGUUUACCAAGACGCAACUUUGCAGGAUCUCCUGCGAAAGCUCAAGUACUAUAUCGUGUUCUUGGUGAAAUAUUGCCGAUAUAGUCCCUACGUCCGCUUCACGACCAACUUUGGGAUGACCAAAGUGUACAACACCGGUGCUGGCGGUGGAAAUCUGACCAGUCUGAAUGCACUUUGGAUCAACAAUUCAACAAGUACUGAUGAGUUCACAGGAAUCAGUGUGACCUUCCUGAACCUGCAGUGGGCUGUGUUUGGGCUCCAGGGACACAACAUUUUCCUGAGUAGUUACCUCCCAACUCACAUCCUCUGUAAGGUCCUGCUGGCCAUGUUCCUCCUAACUAACCUGGUGGUGGUCAGUCUGCUGAUCGUCCGGCUCGUAUCUAGUGUUACAACACAGGAGUGCAAAAGACGUAACGUGGAAAAGGCCAAGACGGCAUGGUCAAGUUACUUUGGAGAAGGAAAUGUCUUUCAAGCAGACAAAGCUGACGUAAGUGACAUCAUGAGGCAGAUGGUUGCCAACUACCAGAGAACACUCCAGAGUCGACAUGUGUCAGUGGAGGAUGUUGACACAGCAGUGGACAGUCAUCUCCAAGCUGUGGAGGAAGAAACUAAAGGUCUGCAGCAUGAGGUGGAAGACGUCUUCACAGGUGUACAGAACAACAAGGCUGCUCUGCAGACAAACCUGGAGACACUUCAAUCUCAGAUCAACUGAUAAGACA